AUGGACCUCGUCAACCACCUAGAAGGAAGACUUCUCUUCGCAGUCCCCAAGAAGGGCCGUCUUCAACAAGCAACUCUUGACCUCCUCUCCGGUUGCGAUAUCCAAUUCCGCCGCGAAAACCGUCUCGACCUCGCUCUGGUCAAGAACCUGCCUAUCGCACUUAUCUUCCUCCCCGCCGCAGACAUUCCCACCUUCAUUGGCGAGGGCCGCGUCGAUCUCGGUAUCACAGGGCGCGACCAGGUUGCUGAGCAUGAUGCGCAGCUCGGCCUCCCUGAAGGCGAGCCAUCAAGCGUGCAAGAGAUUCUGGAUCUAGGGUUUGGCGGGUGCAAGCUCCAGGUCCAGGUUCCGGAGAAGGGAAAUGCCCAGACUACUAAGGAUCUGAUUGGCAAGAAUGUGGUGACGAGCUUUACAGCCCUGAGCCAGCAGUUCUUUGCUGGGCUUGAGAAGGAACACGGGACUGCGGAGAAGAAGACGAACAUUAAGUACGUUGGUGGAAGUGUAGAGGCUGCAUGUGCUCUCGGAGUUGCUGAUGGGAUUGUCGACCUUGUUGAAUCCGGAGAGACAAUGCGCGCCGCCGGGUUAAAGGCCAUCGACACCGUCGUCGAGAGUACUGCCAUCCUCGUCAAGAACCGAACCACUACAAACCCGCUCGUUGACUUGAUCACCUCCCGUAUCCGCGGUGUUAUCACCGCCCAAAAAUUCGUCCUUUGCCAAUACAACAUCCCCCGCGCCAGCCUCUCAACCGCAAGCAGCAUCACACCGGGCAAGCGCGCACCCACGGUUACAGCUCUCGAAGAAGAUGGCUGGGUGGCCGUGAGCUCGAUGGUCGAGAAGAAGAAGAUCGCGACGGUGAUGGACGAGUUGACUAAAGUUGGAGCUACGGAUAUCUUGGUGCUGGGAAUUGCCAACUCGCGGACGGAUUAA